AUGACGACGUCGAGGGUACGCAGUGACCUGACGAUUCGCCUUACCUUCCCAUCGUGCGUCCUCCUCGGCCUUUCGUUUCUUCGCAUUGACUUCUUCCUCCUUCUUGCGCGCCUCGAGACCUUCAUUGGCCAGCGCAGUGUCCACACCGUCCCGCGGCACGCCUCGCGUCCCCGCCCCUGCCCUUCGUCAAGAGAGGUCCCCUUCUUCAGCCGGUCCACAUGGAGGCAUAGCUCUACGAACUCUUCUUCCUCUUCGUCUGGACCUUCCAAUGCUGGACCGUCACCCCGCCCCGGGUCGCGGCCGUACCAGCACUCUCGGCAGGAGAUGUACGCCGCGCGGAACCGGAGCCUUCUCAUGUACACGACCGCCGUGAUCGUCGCGGGCAUUGGCGUGACAUACGCCGCCGUGCCGCUCUACCGCAUGUUCUGUGCCGCGACCGGGUUCGCAGGCACGCCCAAGGUCGGCAUGGGCAAGUUCGAGGCAGAGCGCCUCGUCCCGGUCGAGAACGCGAAGCGCAUCAAGGUUCACUUCAACGCGGACGUCUCCGACGCGCUCCCGUGGUCGUUCGUGCCGGAGCAGAAGAUCGUGAGCGUCCUGCCUGGGGAGACGAGCCUCGCGUUCUACAAGGCGAAGAACAAGUCGACAAAGGACAUCAUCGGGAUUGCGACGUACAACGUCACUCCGGAUCGAAUUGCGCCUUAUUUCUCCAAGGUGGAGUGCUUCUGCUUCGAGGAGCAGAAGCUGCUUGCUGGGGAGGAGAUCGACAUGCCUUUGCUCUUCUUCAUCGACAGGGACGUUCUCGAUGACCCCGCAUGCCGCAAUCUGGACGACGUUGUGUUGUCGUACACGUUCUUCCGCGCACGCCGGAAUGCUCAAGGACACCUUGAACCUGAUGCUUCAGAUGAGGUGGUGCAGGCAUCACAGGGCUUCGGUGGGUAUGAGCAUGCGCCCAAGGCGGAGGACCGAAAAAAGGCGGAGGAACGCAAGAUAUAG